AGAAAUAUGACCGUUGGGGCUUUGGGGGUCCUCUAACGUCUCUCUAUAUGUACUUUUUUCCUGCUCUGCAACUUCAAAACUCUGCCCAAAAAAGCGCAAAAGACUAUUUGAGAAAUCAUCAACAGAUAGUUUACGCAUUUACGAAGAAGAAAGCUUGAUAAAUUCUUCAAAGAAGGACGGGAAAUUUCUCUCAUCUGAUUUUAUUCUAAUUCUGCUGGGACGCUAAUACAUGGCUACAUCAGCUGCUCACCUGAUUCAGGAUCAGAAUAUCAGUAUACAUUUUGAUGGGGCUUCUUUGUUGGGAAAGAAUGAUACUUCCAAGGCAUCAAAGAAAGGAGGAGGUCUUGGUGGAAGAAAAGCACUUAACGACAUCUCAAACUCAGCAAAGCCUUCGGCUCUGCAGGCAAAGAAAAAUUACUCCUCGAAUGUAAUUUCCAUCGGGAAAGAUCUUGAUGCCACUCGAAACAAAUUCAUCGGAACAAAAGAUAAUUCUGCUAAAGUACCUGAUAAGGGUGGCCGGAAGGCACUCACUGAUCUUACAAACUCAAGCAAGCUAUCAGCAAAGCAGGCUGCCAAGAAUAAGAAACUGAGUACUGCUGCAGCAGCAAAUGUUCCAACUUCUAUGGCGGAAGAGCGAUUUCUGCAUGAUCAUCAGAAGUGCAUCAAAUCACAGAGAAAAGUGAUGGACAUGGAUUAUUUUCUAAAGGAAGUUGGACUAGACAAUGAUGUCCCUGUGCAGCUAGCAGCAUCUCCACGUGCAUCUAAACUCUCAAUGAAGUCAAUGCUAGAGAGCCCUGUGAAGUACUUCGAAGUGGAAGAAAUGCCAGAACUGCUGAUGUAUGGUAAGGUUCCUCGAUUUGGAAAAAUGGAAACUUGCGGAGACGCUUCGCCAUCUAUUGGAUCUCCUACAUCACCAAAGCUAUCAUCUAUGAGCUGGUGGAAGGAUGGAAGCACUCCAUGUUUCACACUGAUUGAAUCUCCCUUCCUACCAAAGCAUUGAUGUCGUCUUCUUUUUUAUCACAGGCACCCUAUUACUUAAUGGCAUCAGUCAGUUGGCUAAAUGACUGUUGAACUUGUUUAAUUCUUUCUGGUUUUGGUGGCAAGAAGGCAGACUAGCUCCUUCGUCUUGCAUGAUUUACAUUUUAGGCAUAUUAACUGAUGCAUUUUGGAUUCUAUCCCUCCUAUUGUAAAACUUAAUUUUCUAUUUCAGAUGCUUUAAGAUAAUGAAUUGCUGGAGUCAUUCUACAGCUUCUCAA